UUCUUGCAGGUAUAACUAAAAGCGCACAAAUGCCGUUUUGCGCAUGGCUACCUGCUGCCAUGGCGGCACCCACACCGGUCUCCUCUUUGGUGCAUUCUUCGACAUUGGUGACAGCUGGGGUUUAUUUGAUUCUUCGCUCUUUUUAUAUUAUCAGAGCUAAUCCCUUUGUGACUCAAAUACUUAUAGUCUUAAGACUAUUUACUCUAAUAUUAGCGGGGUCAAGGGCUGUGUUUGCGUUUGACCUAAAAAAGGUAAUCGCACUCUCGACUUUGAGGCAGUUAAGGUUAAUAAUAUUCUCGAUUUCAAUCCUUCUUCCGUCUGUAGCUUUUUUUCAUUUAGUAACCCAUGCGGUAUUUAAAGCUUUGUUGUUUCUAGGCGCAGGGGGUGUUAUUCAUAGAAACCAAAGAAUCCAAGAUAUCCGGGGGUUAAGAAGCUUGUGGCAAGGAUUACCGGUAAGAAUGGGUGCAAUAACGGUUGCAAUUGUGUCCUUGAGAGGGGCCCCGUUUAUAAGAGGGUUUUUCUCUAAAGACCUAAUAAUUGAGCUAAGAAUGAUAGACAGAAGAAUAACUUAUGGGUGCUAUUUAUUAGAGCUAACAGGUUUAAUCUUCACUUCUUUUUAUAGGGCACGGAUUGUAUUUAGAGUAAUACUUGGGUCUAAUUACGUUAAUAGCAGAAGUUUGCGGAUUAAUGAGCACUUAAAUAUACAAACUCCUUUUCUUAGCCUGUAUAUUGGGGCUAUUAUCUUAGGAGGGGUAUUAGGGAGGAAAAUAGAGAGGUUUGGGUUUGUAGUAGUUCUUGAGAAAUAUGAGAGAGUCAGAGUAUUUCUUAUUCCCUUUGUAGGGUUAAUUUUGUGAUGAGGAGUGCUUAGAAAAUUAGGGUCUAAGCCUUGGUCGUCAGCCAAACUAUUAAGAUUCUUUUUGAGAAUGUGGCUCAUAGAGAGGCUAACCUCCCACCCCAGAAAAAUGGCCUUCUUUAAGGGGUCCAGGAUGGUAGCUCAAAGUCUGGAUCAAGGUUGACUAGAGCUAUUGGGCCCUCAAGGUGCCCAUAAGGGACUAGGUCAACUCAGCUGUUUGAAUGAAAUUGUUCAGAAAAAUUAUUUUACCUACCAGCUGGUAGUAUGAGGGCUGGUGGUAGCGGGGGGCGUAAGCUUAAUUAUGUUUAUAUAAUGAGAGUUAUAGUCAUAUGUGUAAUUUUGAUGGCUGUGUUUUCGAUUGUCUUAAUUGCCAAGCAACCUAUUUCUUUAGGGCUAGUGCUAUUGAGGGGGUCUAUAAUUGCAUGUGUGGAGGUUGCACUGGAGGUUAGAAGGUUGUUAGGGUUCUUAUUGUUCCUAACUUACGUUAGGGGUGUAAUAGUCCUGUUCUUGUAUGUUUUAAGGAUCUACCCCAAUGAAGUGUAUCGUUUUAAUCUAGAGUUUAUGGUUCUCGUCAGAAGGUGUUGUGCCAGAGCGGUCCUUAUGGGUCUUAUGAAUUACGAGUACAGAGAAAUUAGCGGGUCUUUGUUUCUAAGUUUCAUGGCUGAAAGAAGCGGGUUAAGGUUAUAUAUCCUAAUAGCUGGUGUGUUACUGUUUGUAAUAUUAGUGGUGUCGUAUUUGUGCAUAAAAACCAUGGUGCCUUUACGAAGAGUAAAAUAA